GAAGGCGGAGGGGGGGCGGGGGCCACCGGACCUCGCAAACGGUUCCGGCAGCGACGGUGGCAACAAAGAAGUCGAAUGACCCCGGUCGCGGGGCUCCGGGUGAAGGCAGGCGGAGGGCCUGGGCCACACGGGGACCCGGUUCUGGGAAGUGAGGGCAGGGGCGCCCCUGGGAGCGGCGGCGGCUGCGCCUGGCGCCGGGGCUCUGGCCGCCUGACAAAACCAUCCCCCGGAGCCAGGCGGCGGCGAGUCGGCGGCGGCUUCAUCCGGGGUUUUGCAGGAGGGGGAGGGGACGGAAGCCGAGAGGGCGGGCGGCGGAUCGGAGGAGGGAGGGAGAAAGGGGAGGGGGCGAUUCGCGUUCCGUUCCCCGUCGCCGGUCCCUCCCUUCUGGCCGCCUCCGCGAAGUGCGUCCCGAGCGGCGGCGAUCGGUGAGCGUCCCGCGCUGGAGCCCCAAGAGGUGGGCCCGUCAGAUUUUUUAAAAAAUGGAUUUGGCCAACCAUGGACUUAUUCUCCUGCAGCAGUUAAACGCUCAGCGCGAGUUUGGUUUCCUGUGUGACUGCACGGUUGCCAUCGGCGAUGUGUACUUCAAGGCACACAAAUCAGUUCUUGCGUCAUUCUCCAAUUACUUUAAGAUGUUGUUUGUCCAUCAGACCAGUGAAUGUGUCCGUUUGAAACCAACUGACAUACAGCCUGACAUUUUCAGCUAUCUCUUACACUUGAUGUACACUGGGAAGAUGGCCCCUCAGCUGAUUGAUCCUGUGCGACUGGAACAGGGGAUCAAGUUUCUCCACGCUUACCCUCUGAUCCAGGAGGCUAGCCUGGCUAGCCAAGGAGCCUUCUCCCACCCUGACCAAGUUUUCCCGCUGGCUUCUUCCUUGUACGGCAUCCAGAUUGCAGACCAUCAGCUGAGACAAGCCACCAAGAUCGCCUCGGCCCCUGAGAAACUCGGGCGAGAGCCCCGGCCCCAGACCUCCAGGAUGAGCCAGGAGCAGGCGCCCGAGGCCGCACAGCUGUCUCAGCUGGCUUCAAAUCUGACCCAGGUGAACCGGACACAUAUGACUCCCUCGGACCCCCUGCAGACCUCCCUGUCUCCAGAACUCGUUUCCACUCCUGUCCCUGCCCCUGCUGCCGGGGAGGAGGCCAAUCUGGAAGCCUCUUCCUCCGACGAGCAGCCCGCGACCCUCACCAUAGCCCACGUCAAGCCGAGCAUCAUGAAGAGGAAUGGCAGCUUCCCAAAGUACUACGCCUGCCACCUGUGCGGGCGGCGCUUCACCCUCCGGAGCAGUCUGCGGGAACACCUGCAGAUUCACACCGGCGUGCCCUUCACGGCCAGCCAGCCCGGAGAAGGCCGCGUGCCCCUGUCCCUCUGCAGCAACGCGGCCGACCUCGGGAAGGACGCCAUGGAAGUGCCUGAGGCUGGCAUGAUCAGCGACAGUGAGCUGCAGCACAUCUCGGACUCCCCCAUCAUCGACGGGCAGCAGCACUCGGAGACGCCGCCGCCCUCGGACAUCGCGGACAUCGACAACUUGGAGCAGGCGGACCAGGAGAGGGAGGUCAAGAGGCGCAAGUACGAGUGCACGAUAUGCGGGCGCAAGUUCAUCCAAAAGAGCCACUGGCGGGAGCACAUGUACAUACACACGGGGAAGCCUUUCAAGUGCAGCACGUGCGACAAGAGCUUUUGCAGGGCCAACCAGGCCGCCCGGCACGUGUGCCUCAACCAGAGCAUCGACACGUACACCAUGGUGGACAAACAGACCCUGGAGCUCUGCACGUUCGAGGAAGGGAGUCAGAUGGACAACAUGUUGGUGCAGACUAACAAGCCCUACAAAUGCAACCUGUGUGACAAAACGUUCUCGACUCCCAACGAGGUGGUCAAACACUCGUGCCAGAACCAGAACUCGGACGUCUUUGCCCUGGACGAGGGACGCUCCAUCCUCCUGGGCGGCGGGGACUCCGAAGUAACGGAGCCCGACCACCCCGUGUUAGCGUCCAUUAAAAAGGAACAGGAAACAGUGUUGUUGGACUGAGCGUCGCUUACCUUUUUAAAACUGUCGUUUUUACGGAGACUCUCUUCCUUCCCUUUCCCUAUGCAGAACUGUAAUUCUAUGGCAUGAUACAGACAGGUCCCUGGCCCCUCCCCCCUCAAGGCUGUGUGCAUUAUAAACCUGGAACAUUUCCUUUGAUUCAGGGGAUAUCAGAAAGGAGAUAGUCAGUAGUCCUUUCCAACUCCAAUGGAUUUUGAGUUUUAGAUUAUUUAAAAACAUAACUUGGAAGUAAUGAAGGGUAUAACACAAAACAACCGGAAUGCAAUUUGGUAAGCUAAAAUUAUGACCUUCCCUGGGUAGUGUCUUCCUUCUCAGAGGAGCAAUGUCAGAAAACGCAGCAUGCUUCUUCGAGACACAGCUGGGCUCUGUACUAUGCAAAAUCUCGGUGUGGCAAACCCUAAACCCCAGAGGACGUUCUCAGCAUUCAUCCUCCAGGUGUCUUAUGUCAGAAUGCAUCCUUUGAGAUUAUGUCCAGUCAAGGAAAAUCAUUAGUUAGGAAACUUACUUGAACAAAACACGGAGAAAAAGUAAUAAUGUGAUGGCAAUCUUAAUUUUUGGGUAAAACAUGACAAGCUGUGAGUUUGUGUGUUUGUAAGAGAAAAUGUGUGGAUACUUACUAUAAACAGGUGAAUUAAUGCACAUGCCUUAUCUAAUUGCUGGCUUCUUUCAAAGGUGAACAACAAGAUACUGUAUUUUCAUUUUCGACAAACGUGUUGGUUUUAAAAAUCAGAUUUGAAAGUGCUGUUCAAUAGACGGUUUUUCUGAAUAGAAUUGACAUGCCAUUCUCGCAGUUGCCAGCGGUAAAUUUGUUUUAGCCCCAACCUGCUGCUUUUAAAUCAGUGUGUCUGCCACAGGAAGGAGGAUACAGAUCGUAGAGGGGAAGUUGUGAGCAGGACCUGUGGUAGCUUUAAUGGUUUUAAAAAUUAAUGCUCAUAGUUUACUGGCAACAUCCAUUGAAACAUCAAAAAAUGGCAAAGAGAAAUCAGGACCAAAAAACAAUUGCAUUUGGGGGGGAAAAAAACGGGACUGUGAUAUUUAGUCCAAUUUUUUUUGGUAACACCUGCAAUUUCCUCUAUUGGCCUGAAGCAGUAAAAUCGUCCCUGUAGUCUUCCCUUAGGCCAGUGACAGACCGGUCUCCCGGGACAAAACAGAAGCCAGAAACGCGGACCGAAGGGGAGAGGGAAGAACGGUUACUAGCUGUGCUGUACGUGUAUGUUAAACUGACUGUCCCGUCACCCCAUCUCAUGUAUAGUUGAGUUCUCAGAUUUGUAAGUUUUUAUACAUGCCUUCAUUGAAUAAACAUUUAAUUAAAUGGG